GAAAGGAUAAAGUGAAAUUUACAUGGUGAAGCGCAAAAGUUUAAGUGCUGUGCAAAGGUUUUACCGGUUUUUCGUUUAAACUGAUGCGACCGACCGCCAAAGCCAACGUGGCCGCCGGGCGAGCGAUACUGGUGAUCCUGGUGUCGCUGGCCACGGUGUCCACCAUCGGUGCAGUUCCAACGUCGGUGCUAGCGGACUCGAAAGAGGCCAACGGCCAUCAUGAUGUAACGGCUUCCCCAGGGCAGAAUCAGCUGACAACGGAUGAUGCUACGUACGGAGACGAACGAACUGGACCAUCGAACCCACAGAAACGUGGAGUGAACCCGCUGCUGUACCGGGAAGCGGAACUGCGAAGCGACUUUUCCGGCAACUCUAUCCCGCAAAAUGGCGUCUGGGAGGAUGUCGAGGUGCCACUGCCGGGCCUGCCCUACCCGAUGGAGCUGUUCGAUGCGGCCGUCGAGCCUGGAUUUCUCGAUCGAGCUGGCCAGCAACGAACGUACGACGUUCUGCAGGCCCUAUUGAAUCGUCCUUCACCGUACAGUCCGCUGUACGUCGGUCGACCCGUACCUGGUGGUCUUCCGAUGCGGCUUCACGGACCUGGCGGAGCCGGUGGAAAUCCUUACGGCGAGCGGAAGAAACGCACCUCGGCGUCGUCACUUCCGUUGGCCGGAAAAUCUCACUCCCACCUGAUGCGCUUGAAACGGAACUCAGGCAAGUUGUCACCGGCCGAAGUGUUUUCCCUGCUGGCCCUGAUGGAUUCCCGCGACCCGUACCGACCCUUGCAGCCGCUGCCCGAGUACAUCCCGGAAGGAGCGAAUGAUGCACUAGCUUACGCCCCCAACGGACUAUAUCCAGACAUGCCACUUCCGCUUGCUCUAGAACAGCUUCUCGGAGGGCAUGCUGGUAACCUGCCCGCUGACGGAUAUGCUUACGAAGAUGCCGGCGAGUGGUUGAAUGGCUGGACGGAACCAUCAGUCGAUUACCUGGGUCUGCCGGUGGCCGAUCUGGAGUCUCUUGGAGGACUAAACGAGGGCAAAGGAUUAGGUCCCGUGAAUGGCUUCGCACCCCAACAACGCUUCAUGGUGUCCAAGAAAAAGCGUAGCGUGUCCCAGGUGAACCAAACGGGCCAAUCAGUCGCCGGUUGCAAGGCGGGAGAUGCAACAUGCACCCUGCAAAAGCACUACCAGGGUACGAUCCAAGCAACCGCCUAGGCAAUGACCCCAAAAGACAUUCGCAACGAUUAGACCCACACCGCAUGUACCAAGGACCCGAUACCGAUGCAAAAGAAACGCACCAAUGGCUCACGAGAAACCGGAACUACAAAUCAAUGUACCAAGUGUUAAUUAUUAUUGUAACUACCAUUACCUGUAUCACAGCUAAGAAUGCAUACGAAACAAAAAAAAUCACAUUGAUGAGGCAUUGACCGCAAAGCACUAUCUAUCUCCCCGAUAUACGUUCGAUUCGAACCGCACGGCAACCGGCACUUGCGCUGCAUUUGCCGGCUGAAUUAAGUUAAACCCUUUCAUUGCAUGCACCACACCCUGUCUGGGAAUGGACGAGAACCAGGGCACGAAUGGGCACGCAAAAUGGACGCUUGCAGAAGUACUUUUGCGAGUGUCGCAAGCACUGUCCUUCUUGGUUGUAAUGUUCGGUUCAUCUUUUGUGUUUGUUGCCAUAUAAAUGAAGCUAAUAUUUUCGGGCACAACCGUAACGAAUUAAUAUGUAUUGCUCUACUACAACUUUCUAGACGUUGAAUGGCUACCAUUGCAGAAGACAUCCAUGUAUUGCUCUAGUGGACUCGUAUACUAUUUGGUACAGACAACCAAAAUUGUGAAGGCACAGCUUAUUGAUGAUAAUGAUGACGAUGACGAGGAAGAAUUGAUUGGAUUAAUGUACACGCACUGCGCAUAAAUGUGCAACAGGAUAUACCUGCUAUUAACCGUAACAACAGCACUACAGUUUAUGAAUGUAUCCACAUAGAGGCUAAUUAAACGUUAGAUGUAUUUAUCGUAAUUUAAACUGCUCUCCUUCAGGACGACGGUUCGCACAAACCGCGUACGCAUGAUAACAUGACAAGAAACUGGCUCAGAGGUAAAUAAUUUUUAGCAUAGUAAGAAUAUACAUAUACACCCCCAUUUAAAGCAUAUAACAUCAUGAUACAAACAAGAGGCAAAAAGUAAAACACUUUCGCACGCAAAUCGCGCUGCGUAUUUAUCGACGUGGAAGAGAAGAUUUCACCCUUAUCGUCCUAUCGUAGUGAAUGAAUAUAACGUAAUAUUUAUAUUUAAAGUGGUUAAUAAAUGGAUAAAUGGAACAACUGAAAAAAAAAAACACACACAGAAACACAAACGAAUUGUAAACAUGUACCAUUGGGUAGAUAAAAAAGGCGGCAUAACCAUUGCAAGGAAGUGUACUUUUGCGGUUCUCUAGGAAGAACCGGCCAGAAGUAGUAUGAAGACGCACACGUUCUUGCAGUCGCUACAGUAGCAGCAGAAGGGGCCGGAAAAAUACAGGAUACUUAGCCUACAUUAGUUGAGCGCCACGCCGACGAAAGCGUCCGUGGCAGAGGAUGGAAACGCUGGAAACCGUCAAGCAUUCGUAACGGAGGGCUUAACAUCGGAAUUUACGUACCGAUUGCGGGACACGGGAACGGAUUACACCUAGGGUGUAGAGAUGAAGCAACCCAUACCCCGAUCCUGUGGUCCUAUGCUAGUUCGGCUGGGUUAGCAAGGAUAACAUACGUGAAGGAAGAAAACAAGAAAUAAACGAAACAAGAAAUCGGUAAUUGAUUUCAAUGAAGGCGGUAUAAAUGUCGUCGUUUGAUCCAUGUGGGAAGCUUUUCCGUUUGGUUCGUUUGGACUUAAUUUCGGUAGGCUCCUCUACAGGGCUGCAUUUUUCUUUCCGUUGAAACAAGUAAACUUAUUUUUUGCAACAGAAAUUUUACACUUCCAGCUGCGCUUUACCAGCAGGAUGCAACAGUUAAUUUAAAUUUGAAACUCUUGAAUGCUGUUGUUCUGUUAUCCUUUGAACCGGAUUAAAUUGUCAAAUAUUUCAUUUAAGAUCUCAUA